AUGGUGUCUUGCGUUGAUCCCGCUUGUCUGCAAGAAACUUCUCCAAGAACAGUCAAGCAUAUGUCAGUGAAUGCGUGUCUUGUGCCUUUGCCAUGGAUCCAUGGACAAGCAGUAACGACCAUAGAAGGCAUCGGUUCCACCAGGGCAAACAAUUUGCAUGCUGUGCAAAAACAACUCGCAGAUUCGCACGGCACUCAAUGCGGAUUCUGCACUCCGGGAUUUGUCAUGUCCAUGUACACGCUUCUGAGAACCCGAGCAGCUCCAACGUAUCAAGACAUGCUUGCCUACUUCCAAGGGAACUUGUGCCGUUGCACUGGGUAUCGACCGAUUCUGCAAGCCUACAAAUCCUUCUUGCCUGAUGAUGGCGGCGAUGCUAAUGGCGGUUGCUGCAGGAGCAGCAAGGAUACAAAUGGCUGCUGUCGAGGAAAUAUCCCGACUUUGCAGGCAUUUCCAGCUGCAGCAGGUGAUGAUGACUUCAGCAACUGCUGCAGUGAUGGGGAAAAGUCUUUCUUGCCCGUGGACGAGUCCCAGGAGCCGAUUUUCCCGCCUGAACUUCUGGUUCGUCAAUAUGUUUCCAGAAGCUGGACAUUUAUUGGAAAGCGCGUGUCCUGGUUCCAGCCGUCCAAUUCCAGGCAGCUCCUGGCGCUGAAAUCCAAUUACCCCGACGGGAAAAUCGUCGGAGGCAACACAGAGAUUGGAAUUGACGUUAGGCAGAAAGGUGCAUUUCAUGCAGUCUACAUUAACCCGCGUUGGGUUCCGGAAACCAAUGUGCUGGAGAUUUCCCUGGAGAAGGGUUGCGCUCUGGUCGGGGCAUCUGUCACCUUGUCACGUUUGAGAGACACCUUGGCAGAGUUCCUAAACUCUCCUGACAUCAGUUAUCACCAGAAGGCAGGAAGCAUGAAUGGACUGGUGGCAAUUGUUGAGAUGUUGGACUUGUUUUCUGGUCAGCAGAUCAGAAAUGUUGCUACAUUGGUGGGAAAUAUUGUCACUUGCAGCCCGAUUUCUGACCUGAACCCUUUGCUUGCUGCCAUGGGAACAAAACUGAUCCUCAAGUCAUUCAGCAGUCGGGAAGUGGUAUUGGACUCUGCAUUUUUCACCGGGUAUCGCAAGAACUCUAUCCUUCCCAACGAAGUGGUGGAAUCCAUUUGGAUCCCUCUGGGAACCCGGGUAUCCCAGAAAAAUGUCACGGAAUUCGUCAAGGGUUUCAAGGUUGCCACCAGGAGGGAUGAUGAUAUUGCUGUGCUCAAUGCUGGCUUCAGGGUUGUCCUGGACUCGGAAACUUCUGAUGUGCGACAUGCUUCCUUGUGGUUUGGAGGAGCUGCUGCUGUGACGAAGGAGGCAGAAUCUGCUGUCACGGUCAUGAUUGGGAAGAAAUGGGACUUGCACAUAUUAGAUGAAGUCAUAGAUGCCUUAGGGACUGACAUUGAGAUUCCUGAUGAUGCCCCAGGAGUUUCCCAUAGUUUGUCCAACCCAGAAGAAAAAUGGAGCAAUGAUGAGAUGGGCUUGUCUCCCUUGGGUGCACUGAAAGCUGCUCAGAUUUUUCCAAAGGAUGCCAUUGCUCAAGAAUCAUACUUCUUCAAAGAAGAACUCUGCAAUGGUGAUAUAAGUGGUGUGAUGUCAUCUGCGCCCUUUGUUCUCAGUGGAGAGACUAGGGUUGGAGGACAAGAGCAUUUCUAUUUGGAGCCUCAAGCAUCACUUGCUAUUCCUAAAGGAGAAAAAGGAGAGAUGGAGAUUAUAGCAACUACUCAGUGGCCUGGUUUGGUUCAAGAACAAGUUGCUGAUUUGCUUGACAUUCCAAGCAACAGGGUGGUGGUAAAGGUGAAAAGGUUGGGAGGUGCCUUUGGAGGCAAGGAGCUGAAGAAUUACAUGCUGGCUCUUCCUUGUGCUUUGGCAGCUCAAAAGUACAAUUGCCCUGUGAGAUGUGUCUUGAACAGGAUGGAAGACAUGAAAGCAACUGGUCAAAGGCAUGGAUAUCUAGGCAAAUAUAGAGUGGCUUUCAAUUCGAAGGGACAGCUGCUGGGUCUGGAUCUUCAACUGUACCAUAAUGCUGGGUACAGCCAAGAUGUUUCUGUUCCACUGAGAAAGGCAAACCUCUUGAGGACUGGCACCAAAACUCAUUAUGGCAAAGUUCUGGAAGACUGUACUUUGGAGCAAUGCUGGGAUGAGUGUCUUCUGCAGUCCAAGUUUUCCUCUCGGAAGGCAGAAGUUAACUCUUUCAACAAGCUUCAUGAUUGGAAGAAAAGAGGCAUUUCUAUGGUUCCAGUCAUGUUUGGACUAGCUUUUCCUGGCUCAAAUUUGAACCAGGCAGGGGCACUUGUCAUGAUAUACAAAGAUGGUUCAGUCCUGAUUUCCCAUGCUGGUGUUGAAAUUGGCCAAGGCAUUCAUGUCAAACUUGCGCAGAUUGCCAGCAGAGUUCUUGACAUUCCCUUGGAGUCCAUCCACACAGCUGACACUGCAACAGACAAAAUCCCAAAUGCAACAUCAACUGCUGCAUCUUUCACCACUGACCUUAAUGGACCUGCUGUAAAAAAAGCUUGUGAGAAGCUGGUGGAGAGACUGAGGCCAUACAAACAUGCAAACCCACAAGGAGGCUUCAAAGACUGGGUGCAAGCUGCCUACAUGGACAGAAUUCUCAGGACAGACAUUGUCAUGGACAUUGGAGAGUCCUUGAACCCAGCAGUGGACAUUGGACAAAUUGAGGGCGCAUUUGUGCAAGGCUACGGAAUGUGGAUGAUGGAGGAUUUAGAGUUUAGUCCUUCUGGAGAAUUGCGCACAGCUGGUCCAUCAAACUACAAAAUCCCCACUUCAAGGGAUGUGCCACAGGAAUUCAACGUGUCCCUUCUGACGGGGUCAGCCAACAAGCAUGCAAUUUAUUCUUCCAAAUUUGGUUUGCUGUGUUGGUGUCUCCUGAGUGUGAGUCAUCAGGUUUCGGGCAGGUGUGGCGUCCAAGAUGGCGCCUUCGUUUGUUCAAACGUUUGCGAUGAGGACGUUUCGGACUCGGAGGCUUUCGGGUUCGGAGUGGACUUUGUUGGACGCGUUUUAGACUUGAACGGCGUGCGGUUUUACGGUCUUUCGAGCGUUAGAUUGUACGCUCGGACUCGCUGCGUCGGGAAGAUAACGCCGGCGAUCCGCAGGGUUGUUUCGCCCUGGGAAUUGUGUGGGGGUGCUGCUGAUAAAGAUCCAGCAGAGGUUUUUCGGACCCGCACUUCGACGUUGUUGACAGGCACCAUGACGGUUUCAGGAACGUUGCCAGGUCAAAAAGUAGAGGUUUCCACCACAGAGCUGACCAUAAAGCAGACUUCGUUUUCCAUUCCUGUGGUGCCUGAGGUUGAAAAGACUUUGGAAAAACCCAAUGCGGUGACGGUGGGUUAUUCCCCCAUUUUAACCGCAUUAACUAUGGUACCUGAAGUCCCCUUGAACCCGACUAAUGGUUCCGUGACCUUUGAGAAUGGUACGGCCAAGCGUACUGGGGAAUUGGAAUCUAUGCAACAAAUCGAUGUCUCGGAUCAGGGAAAUGAUGACAUCGGAUAUUUGAGUCAAUUCAAGGCUCAAACUAAGAGCUCUGAUCCAAUGAUCUACAACAUUGUCAUUUGA